ACAGAUGGAGUCACUGUGCAAGUCAAAGGCAGAAAGAACUCAAACUGGGCAGCUGCAGGCUCCCUGCGGCUGGAAUCCGCGUCUUUACUCCUUCAAGCAUCCAACUCUUUAUGAAGACCAUCCGCUGUGGGGAACCUGGGAAAUUAAAGGAUCAGAUAAACUGCAGAGCCCGCUGGUUAUGGAUCGUGACACGCAGAAGUUGUCUUUGCGCAAGCGCACCAGAGCGUUCCCUCCCUCUACCUGAGAGGAGCGCACCUGGAUCCACCGAGACGGAAGUUUUGUGAAGGCAGAGCACGGAGCAAGUCUUCUUUUCUCUUUUUCUCUCCGCGAAAAAGUUUCUUUGGAGUUCAAGCAGCUAAACAGGCCCAGACGACCCCCGGUCGAAGCAGGAUGCCAUCCGUCGACCUUUUAAAAAACACUUUACAGGGCUUUUUUAACCUCGGUAUGUAGUUCAGCGACUCAUGCUGAAUGUCAGUCCGAAGCCAGUCUGCUCUCCAUCCAAGAAGAAUGAUAACUCUCCGCAGAGUGCUCCGAAGGCGAUUGCACCCAGUUAAACUGGCUAUAGUGGCCCUUGUCUUUGUCACAUUCGUGUUCUUCAUACAAUGGGAAGUUGGGAGCCAAAGCCAGCAGGAGGACCCGUGGCUGAGGGAGAUGGCAGUGAAGCGGGAUGCCAUGCUGGGCAUGGUGAUGGGAGCUGUCAAUAACUUCAGGGAUGUGAUUCCAAAGAUGCAGAUCAGAGCUCCUGUACGGCAGCCGGACAGAGCAGACGGCAUGUCCUGUCUGCCAGGUCACUACACCGCCGCUGAGCUCAGGCCAGCUUUGGAGCGGCCGCCUCAGAACCCCGUGGCUCCCGGAGCAGCUGGGAAACCUUUCCACAUAGACUCACUGAGCCCCGAGGAGCUGAAGGAGAAGGAGAGGGGUGAAGAGAAACACUGCUUCAACCUGUUUGCCAGUGACCGCAUUUCUUUGAGCAGAGACCUGGGUGCAGACACAAGACCACCAGAAUGCAUUGAGCAAACCUUCAAGCGAUGCCCCCCCUUGCCGACCACCAGCGUGAUAAUUGUGUUUCACAAUGAGGCUUGGAGCACCCUGCUAAGGACAGUAUACAGCGUCCUCCACACAUCCCCUGCUAUUCUCCUCAAGGAGAUCAUCCUGGUGGACGACGCCAGCGUGGAUGAUGCAUUGAAGGACAAGCUGGAUGAGUAUUUAAAGCAGCUGAACAUUGUUCGAGUUGUCCGUCAGCGAGAAAGGAAAGGACUCAUCACUGCUCGGCUGCUCGGUGCCUCCGUGGCCACCGGUGACACACUCACCUUUCUGGACGCCCACUGUGAAUGUUUUAACGGCUGGCUGGAGCCCCUGCUGGCCAGGAUAGCAGAGAACUACACUGCAGUAGUGAGUCCUGAUAUCACCACCAUUGAUCUCAAUACUUUUGAGUUCAUGAAACCAUCACCAUACGGGCAGAGCCACAACCGGGGGAACUUUGACUGGGGCCUUUCCUUCGGCUGGGAGAGUCUGCCAGAUCAUGAGAGACAACGGAGGAAAGAUGAAACAUACCCCAUCAAGACUCCCACAUUUGCUGGCGGGCUUUUCUCCAUCUCUAAAGACUAUUUCUACCAUAUCGGAAGCUAUGACGAAGAAAUGGAAAUCUGGGGCGGGGAGAAUAUUGAAAUGUCGUUUAGGGUGUGGCAGUGUGGUGGACAGCUGGAGAUCAUCCCUUGCUCCAUUGUCGGACAUGUUUUCCGCACCAAGAGCCCCCACACCUUCCCCAAGGGCACACAAGUGAUCGCUCGUAACCAGGUCCGACUGGCCGAGGUCUGGAUGGACGACUACAAGGAGAUAUUUUACCGUCGUAACCAGCAAGCUGCACAGAUGGCGAAAGAUAGGGCCUUUGGAGAGAUCUCCAAACGUGUGGACCUCCGCGAGCGGCUGCAGUGCAAGAGCUUCUCAUGGUAUUUGAAGAACGUUUAUCCAGAAGUCUUCAUACCUGAUCUCAACCCACUCCGCUUUGGCUCAGUGAAAAAUGUCGGCAAAGACUCGUGUCUGGAUGUUGGAGAGAACAAUGAGGGAGGGAAACAGCUGAUCAUGUACCCUUGUCAUGGACUGGGAGGAAACCAGUAUUUUGAGUUCUCCACACACCGUGAGAUUAGACACAACAUUCAGAAGGAGCUGUGUUUGCACGGGGCAGAGGGGACUGUGAAGCUGGAGGACUGCCAGUAUAAAGGCAGGAGCACAUUUGUAGGAGAAGAUCAAAAAUGGGAACUGAAGGAUAACCAGUUAUUCUUCAUGCCAGGACUGAACAUGUGUCUGAGUGCCCGUCAUGAGCACCCCUCUCUGGCCCUCUGCAACGCUGCAGACAGAUACCAGCUCUGGUCCUUUGUCUGAGUGUGCAGACAACCACUUUACAAAAAUAGCCACUCUGUAUGCUUAGGCAUACUAGGGCAUGAGUAUACUAUACUGUAUGUACAUAACAUGCAGUGUUUUCUUUAGAUUAAGGACAUUGAGUUUUAAUUUAUUUUUAUACAUAGAAGAACUGAACUGCUGCUGCUGCUGGGAAGUUUUGACAUUGGGACUGCUAGAAGGAAGCAUUAAGACAAUGCCUCCAAUGGGACUGUGAACUGAGAUUCUUGGAAGAACGACGAUGCACUGUGCUGACAAGUGCCUCUUUUGUGUUUGAGGUGUAUUCACUACUCCAAGUCUUUGCAACCAACACGUGCAAGUAUAAGGUAUACAAAGCUAACACUGAACAUCAAAUGAGAUGCACGAAUCUAAAACUAAAUCAUACAAAAAGGUACAGUAGAUGAUGUAUAUUAUACGCAAAGUUUUCCAGUUGGACACACACAAAUCCCAAAUGUUACGCACCAAAGAGACUGGUUGUGAGAACCUGAAACACACAAGUAUGAUGUGCAUUGUCCCCCUUUUCAAAAGAACCUUUUUAAUAAUGAAAAACCUCUUAAUCGCUACAAACCAGUGCCUUAGAUGUAAUUUUGUACUGGGUGGGUGGAGUGGUGAAGGGAUGGGUGGUGGUUUGGGGGGAUUUUGCAGUUGUGGAUGCAGAUAAUGAUGAUAAUAAUAAUGGAUCUUGUGAUCAAAAGGGUCUUCAGAUCAGGAUUGGAAUCGAUACACUUUGAUUCAACUAGCUUUUUUAUCUUUUAGUUUUCAAACUCUGAGACCAGGAACCUUUGCACACUGCAAAUUAUUUGGUUCUUACCAAGAUAAAAAAAACUUAGAUUUAGAAGUGUUAGAUAAUUUAUCUUGUUUUAAGAGUUAAUUUCUUUUUUUAAGUGCUCAACAUGCUUAUUUUUAGAUUUAACCAUCUUAAAUCAAGAAAUCUUGUCAGUGAAAUUAUCUUUCCAUGCAGCAAGAUUAUUUCCCUCAGAUUUAGUGUUUUUAUCUUUUUAGACACCCCUUUUUUGCAGUACAUGUUAGCAUUUAUUUACACUACAGUUGACAUUUUAUUAAGUCCACAUAGCUAAAAAGAAUACAGUCUAAUUCAACAGCUCUGUGAUAAAUCCUUCACUCACUACUGUUAUUAUGUGGUACUGUUAAAUGUUGUUGUGCAACCUUUUUAUGUUGGUGAGAUUAGAGGAAAUAAUACGUCUCGGUACAAUGCAAAUACAACGGCACCAGAAUGAUCAUAAAGUUGAAUCAAAACCCCACAGAAACAGUUUAAACUGAACAUUAUAACCCUUGUAAAGAAAGGAUUUACUGCAGUACUGCAGUUUUAUUAGACUGUAUUUAUUUUAGCAACUGAUAAACUGGCUGUGUGGAAACAUCAAGAAUGAAGAAUACCAGUCUAUAAACACCAAUUACAUGAACUUUGUGUUAAUUUUCAAAAGCGAAGAUAAAUUUAUGUUAUUAUUGAGUAUUGGAAUGUUUUUUUAUGACCUACAGUCAGUCCUUUAUUAAAGGUAUACUGUGCAGGAUUUCCAACCCAAAAUUGUGUGGAUUCAAGCAAAAAUAAUCCCACUCAAUCAUUACUUGUGUUCCCUCUGCCUGUAUCUGCUCUUUUCUUUUCAUGUUACUGUGCUUGGGACCUUUCUGGCAAAUAUAGUGAGGUGAAAGUGGAGAAGAUUCGUUCCAAAAUGAGUAAAUCUAGGGUUUGCUUUCAUGUUUGUUAAGCCGGGGAGGAGGGGCCAAGUUUGAAUGUUGUGUUUACAAACAAUAUGGAACAAUUCCUGCAUAGUCUGUCUUUAACAAGAUGAGUGUCCAACAUCAUGACUGAUAUUUAGGAAGUUAUUCCCCUUUUUUCAAUUGUGGUAAUGUCUACCUGUAUUAUUUUUCAAAUUUUAUACCUCGGUGCUUAUCAAAAGGGACAUUUUAAUGUGAAAUGAAUGCACCGAAGGAUCUCUAUUUGUUGAUCAAAUGUCUGAAACUCUCCCUCUGCAGCUAAACUGGAGUUGAAUAAUGAGUCUCUGGUGCAGGCACUAGUGUUUUGAUGGCUGUGGAAUAUUGUAAAUAACUUUAAGGUUUGAGACUGGGUGAGGAACAGAUCGGCUGUGUGCAUUUGUUAAAUGGAAACUGUCUAUUUUUUGCCUUUGUAUUAAGAGGUCUUAUUCUUAGGUCAAUAAAUUCAGUUGGGUAGUA